UGCGAGUUAUUUUUGUAAUUUGUUAUUGAAUUUCGUUUUGCGGUCUGCAAAAGUAUUUUAUGUGAAUAAAAAAACGAUAUAAUACUAAUUAGAUUCCGUAAAGCCGCCGUGAAUCAUCGUAAAUACUAUAAUCAGAUUAUAAUUAGCUUUGCCUGUUCCAAAAGCAGCUAUCCUAAAAGCAAUAUUAUGGAUGAGGGCGAAAUAGAAGUUAUUAGUUCAAGUCCAUCUUUGAACGACGUUGCUGAAGUCCUACAAAGAUUUCUGAAAAAUGUUGCGGGAAUCGAAUUUUCAUUUCCCAGUUUAAAUGCUUACAACAAUAGAGCAAUAUUGUGGACAGCUUUAUUUCAACAUCUUCAGAAUAAGAGCUCUAAAUCUAUUCACUCAAUAUGUCUAGCUGUUAUCAGAGUUUUGAGUCGAGACAAAACAGACUUGGAGAAUUUGCUGUGUGAAAAAUGGAUUACUACUCUAAUAGAAAUGUCUGGAUUAUACAACUAUGAUGGAAAUGAUGAUAAUUUCAAUGGAGUCAUGGCCUUAACUGAUAAGGAGGUGAUGGUAGAAGCCCUCAAAUGUCUCUGCAACCUGACAUACAACAGUGAGGCAGCCAGAGCACAUUGUGCAAACACUUCAAUAGCCCAAGGAUUAGUUGCCAGACUGAAGGUUUACAAAGAAAUCUCUUUCAAAGCAGAAAUCAUGCUGUUUGACAUGAAAUUAAUGUUUAUUCUCACAGCUUUGAGACAGGAUAUAAAAAUGAAAAUAAAAAAUGAAUUACAUGGCAUGGACUAUUUAACAACCUGCCUCACUGAAAUAGUGCUUGAGUCACCAAAGUUAGAUGACAAAAAUGGAUAUUAUCAAUGCAUGUUGUCUGACCAACAUCAGGCCAUUGUAUGUGAUAUUUUGAAGGCACAGUUUAAUCUAAUCAGUCAGUCGAGCUCAGAAGAGCCAGAGAACAAAGCCGAAGAAGCCAUGUUCACAAGGUUAACACCAGUGCUCAUGACCCUCUUGUGUGCCCAGACAAGUACAAAAGAGAAAUCAAUAGAAUUGAAGAGUAACAUUGCUAAUUUGUUGACAGGAGUGCCGCCGAUGUUCUAUUUGUAUCUGACUCCGCAACUCAAGGAAGAAGAAACCUGCCAAAACACAUACAAUGGUAGAAAGAUGGACGCUCUACAUGCACUACUUGAUUUUUUGCAGCACCAACUGACCAUUACUACAGGAAUUCAUAAUCAAUACGAGAAUUUGUCGCCAAUCUUGACCGUAUUGAACAAAACAUCGCGUGGCUGUCGCAUGUUUCGUAAAUACCUCCGACAAGUGGUGUUGCCGCCAUUACGAGAUGUGUCCAAACCCCCAGAGAAGGGUAACACGUUGCGCAACCAACUUUGCCGUCUUUUAACUACGCCCGUUACGUCUGUGAGGGAUUUAGUGGCGGAAUUCUUGUUCAUACUUUGCAAGGAGAAAGUGAGUCGCAUGGUGAAGUACACCGGGUUCGGGAACGCGGCGGGGCACCUGGCGCAGAAGGGGCUGAUGGGCGGCGCGGCCGGCGACUACUCGUCCAGCAGCGACGACUCCGACACGGAGGAGUACCUGCGCGCCGCGCCGCACAUCGACCCCGUGGUGGGCUGCACGCGCCCGCCGCGCGCCAACCCCUUCGAGGGCAUGUCCGACGAGCAGAAAGAAUACGAAGCAAUGAAGCUGGUGAAUCUAUUCGAUAAGAUGAUGUCGGAUGGAGUGAUGAAGCCGGCGCGUGUGGGCCCCGACGGGCGGCCGCAAGCCAUCGAACAUGUGCUAGAGCUGCGGGAACCGCCUCGGACCAACUCAUAAAUAUUACGAUUACAUACAUGACUUUCAAAGUAUUACUCUUUAACUUUACAUAGUGUAUGCUAUACUUUUUAUCUAAUGGUAAUUUUUAAAAACAAUUUAACUUAUAAUAUUCAAUGUAUUAUGGUUUUAUGUACGUAGAUGCCCGGAUAAUUAUAAUAACAUAUCGAAGAUAUACCACAGUAUUGGGCGAAAAAUACAACCAGCAGCGACGUGUCACGUGGCGUAGUGAAAAUCUUUAUCUGUAGUAAAAUUGAUGAUCAACACACAAUUUUCUAUUAGUAUUAUGGAAUUGUUUUUGUCUCCAUACAAAGUAAUGGAAGUUAAGUGAACAAAUUUUUUUGCGGUCGCAAUAGAGCCCCAGAAUUGUCCGCGGAGUGUUGAUGCGUUUACGGCGGUCGAUAGGGCCAAAUUGUGCCGAACUAUUGCCAGGAAUCAAAAUCGAACUAUAUGUAAAAUUAUAUCGGAUUUUAAUUAUCCUUUAUGUUUGCAUACAUUACAUAUGUUAAGAAAUUAUUUUGUAUAAAAUAUUUAUUUUUUAUAUGUAUUAUUAAUCCCCUAUUGUGGUCUAAAUAUGGCCAAAUUAUGAUUAUAAUUACCAUUCCACAGGCUAUAUUAUUUAAUUGAUAGUACGGUAGUAUUAGAAUAGUAAUUUACUAUGCGAUUAUUAUUAACAAAUCUUGACAUUUUUGUAGGAAAUAGCACGAUCCCAUAGGUUAGUAUAAUGGUAAGUGAUUUACUUAUGCCUGUAAAUACCCAAAGUGGUAAAGGUAUUAGUUGUGUUGGUGAAUUUUAUAGUAAGUAAUGGGAAGUAACGAAACUGUGAUGAGUUAAAGGGCUAAUAGGUUCAUUGGACUCUUGAGUUUCCAUGCAGUCGAUAUUUGUAGGAUGACACGGUAGAAAAAGUUAACUUAAAAUGUAUGGGUACAGGUGGCCAAAUAAAUAAAUAACCGGUAGUUUAAUUUUUUUUAAUAUAUCGGCAUUCGUGUCUCUUUUAAUGACUUUCCAUACGAGGCGUUCUUUCUGCCCAUUUAAAUUUGACCUAAAAAUGGUUAAUAUAUUUUAUACUUUUAUGUACACAUAAAAUAUUUGAGUAGAGUUAGGGACUAUUGCGUAGGCAUGCGUGUCAUAACUUGAGUGAGUUGCCACUCGCCCUAGUUUCUCCUUUGUCUUAGUUAUAAGUGAUACCUACGUCCGGGCAAUUUCAUCCAAAUAUUUUUGUCGCCAAUAUUGGGCGCCAUCAACUUAAACUUGGUAGUCCUAGUCAUAUCUAAUCUGCUUAUCAAUAAGAUUUUCACAUUAUGAUCAAUUAAUUAUUGUGUAGUAUUUAUAAUAAAGUAAAUUUGAGCAAUA